ACGGACAAACAGAUGCAGUGUCAGAGUGAUGGACAGGCAGAGAGAGGCAGUGUCAGGCAGACAGGUGUUUGUUGACACUGUAAAAGAAAACAGAUAAAGUUCAUUGAAACUGGAUUCUCAGGCUGACAAAUGGAAAAAAUGGUGAAACAUUGAGUGUUGAUGUUUGAAUCAGAGCUAAUCAAUCAUUUUACUAUUUGAUAAUCAAAUCAGAUCGUUGUGUCACUCCCUGUUUGUACAAGUGGGACGUCAGGAUUCCUAAAAUAAAGUCUGUGCAGAUGUUUCAGCUUUCACAGAACAUCAUCAAAAGCUGCUGUCUCUAUAUUUAACUAUUAAUCCUUUCAGUGUAUUAAUGCAGAUUUCCAGUCAAGACAUAGUUCAUCUCAAAAAAGCCUCUUAAAACAUUCACUUAUAGCUACUUCCUGCAGCGUUCUGGCUCAGUCUGAGCCUCCAGCUGUAAUUACAUUCAAUCAGCCUCACCUGGACUGUCUCCUCUGUUUCCAUGACAAUCAGGUGAUUAGCUCACCUGGCUGCAGAGGGUAAGUCUUUCCUCCACAGAGACUGAGACAUUGUUCAAACUUUUUCUGUUUCUGCAGCUACAACAUGAAAACUGCUGUGUUCGUCAUUGGGUGAGUUCAAUAAAACAUCUUAUCUGCACAGGUAAAAUGAAUAUCACACUUGAUCGGUUAAAUCUGAAUCUCAUUGCUUUGUUUUCCCAGACUCAUCUUUUUCUGCUGUGAGUCCACAGAAAGAACAACAGCUGAAGGCCAACUGGAUGGUAAACUGGUUUUACUGGUUUAUUCACACGUUACUGUUGGAAAUGCAGGGUGUUUAUUGGCAUGUCUACAGAUUGUUUAGUUGGUGUUUAUUUUCAAUGCUGAUAAAGUUUUUUUUUUUUUACUAAGAAAAUGUGUUCCUGUGAUACUUUUCUUGACAACCACAGAAAGUGACCGUGACUCUUGGCUGCUGACUUUUGACCUGCUGAUGCUUCAUGUCUUGUUGAUGACACUGGUUCCUGUCAAUCGAUAUACCAUUUCAGAUGUUUUGUCUCAGCAGGUUUUGUCCAGUCUGAGUGUCGAGAUCGUUACCUGUGGAUCCACGUGGCCUCAGGACAGAUGCCUCGUUUCGAGGCCGUCGGUCAGUUCAUCUUCUCUGAAUACAAACAAACUGUUUUGACAGUCCAACAUCUCACCAUCUGUCUGUGUGUAACGUUCUGAUGCAGAUGGAAAUGGUAUCCACUCUAUUGGUGAGCAGCUCGCAUCGCGAUGUGGUUACACCAUCAGCACAUUCAAGAUGGAUGGCUACACCACCUUCAGAGCUUCAUACUAUUCCUGCUUCACCCAGAACCAGGUAGCGCCACCUGAACCACAUCCAGGCAGCUCUCCUUAAUGAUAGCAGAAGUUCAGGGGUCUAUUUCAGGCUGCAAGUUUAACCAACUCUAAGGCUGGUGUUAUUCUUUGUACCUUCUGACCAUCUGUCCAAGUCUGGCAGCGACUACUCUCUAAGGAAGAUGGUGCACAUGCCAAGCGCUCAUGCAAGAUAUACAUAGAUAUGGCCUACUGCACAUGUAAUGAAAAAGACUCAUACAAGUGGACUCUGGCAGAUUAAAAAUGUAAUAUAGUAAGAACUAUGUCUCCAUGGUGUCCAUAGCCUCCCUUUAAAUCCAGUGGAGCUAAAAAUAUGAAUGUGUACCAAUGUGGACCCUGAUGUCAUCUUGGAAACAGGAUUGGAGAAAGGAGUUAUCUGACAGAUUGCCCAGAGUUUUACUUUUCUUAGGGUUUGCAAACAGAGGUUUCACUACACCCACUCUCUGAAAGAGGGCCCAGCUGUGAUAGAAAUAGAAAGCCUUUAUUGUCACUGUACAAGGUACAACAAAAUUUAAAGAGCCACUCCCUAAGUGUACCACCAAUAUACGCUAUAAAACAUUCUAAAACUCUAUAAAGCACUAUAAAACACAAUUGUAUUAGAUGAGUUUGGUGUUUGCUUUUUCCAGAAUGAUGAAGUGUUCACCUUCAACUUUAAUGUGUUGGUGAGUGAUGGUGGUGGCAGAUGGACCAGCCAGUCUGUUUCUGCAGUCUGUCCUGGUCUCACCUGGACUCACAGAGAGGUCAUCUGUGAGGAGGACUACAUGGAGGUGAACGUGAACAGAGAGUCUUCAUGUGGAGGUCACCAGGGGGACGGUGGAAAGGUGUGGCAGGAGGCUUUCUCUCAGGCUCAGAAGACGGCGAGCUUGACUUGGCAACUGAUGUUCAGGCAACGUGAUGGGCAGGUUUCCUCCAUGUCUGUCACUGAGGCACAAAGAUGGGGUUACAGCCUGACCACCACCGCCCAGAGGGUGGUGCUUCGAUCUCCAUACAAACAGCCGCAUGCUGAGAUCACAAUGGUGGAUGGUGUCUCUGUCAAGGUUGUCCAGGCUUCUCUGUUCUUUAAGCAGAAGCUGGUCAUGGUGAUGAUUGACAUGUCUAUGGGCUGUACAGUCAAUACAGGCUCUUUUGAUGGGAACCGGCUCCUCUGGGACAUCCCCCGGGUCCUCACUCCUCUCGUCAGGGAGGGAGCAAGAUUUGAGAGUCGGAGCGUCAGUCUGGGGGUGGAGAGUAUGCUGCUGGAUGAACCCACCAUGACCUCCAGGGGAUUCAAUAUUGUCCAACAAGGAGGAAUGAUCCAGAUCAGUGUUCCUUUUGGAGCAAAAGGUGGCUACAGGAAGGUAUCAUCACCCCCAUCCAAAUUUCAGACCGGGACAAGAUAUUGACUCUCAAAAUCCUUUUGUUGUGAACACGUGCUGACUAAUGCCGGCUGCAGAACCAGACGAAAUCAUAUCAGAAAUUUGACAAACAGCAGAUGGUAGAUUGAUUGUUUUUUUUU